AUGGACACCAUCCUGGACAAUUUCACCUCGGAGAAACUUUUCCCCAAUCCCAACCUGUUGGACCUCGAGGAUUUGAAUGAAACCGAUUUCCUCACCAACGUGCACUUCUCGGAGCACAUGGAAGAUUUCUCCAAUGAGCUCUUCAGCAGCUUCUUUGAUGACCACCUGCUGGCAGAGAGGAACCCUCUGCUGGACAUGGAGCUUGACCCCCCCAAUCCUGACAUCCAAGCAGAGCACAGCUACUCCCUGAGUGGAGACUCUGCCCCCCAGAGCCCCUCCAUGCCAAUCAAGAUGGAUGAAGGGACAGAAUCGGAAGGUAUGUGGUCUUUUGGCCAGGAUCUGACUGCCAUCCUGGUGAAGCAGGAGCCAAGCCUGCUGGCUGAGUCUUUGCCCUCCCCUGCCCUGGUGAACAGCCCUCCCCAGCCACUCAACCUGGCCCCUCCACCCCGAAGGAGCCCCCCAGAGGACAUGGCCUCUAAAGACCUGAACCCCAAGCCUGCUAUAAAAGCUGAGCCCGGAGAUGUCAAUCAGUUCCUCAGUGUCCCAUCAGAUGAGCAGCUGCAGCUCCCGCCCACCCCUCCCAGCAGUCACAGCAGUGACAGUGACGGGCCACAGAGUCCCCACUCACUGCCCCCCCCCAGUCCAGCACGGCUGCAGGCUCGUACCUCCACUGCUAUCUCCUCUUCUCCCCUUCUGACUGCGCCCCAUAAGCUGCAGGGCACCUCUGGGCCCCUGAUUCUGACAGAGGAGGAAAAACGCACCCUGAUUGCAGAAGGCUACCCCGUGCCCAACAAGCUGCCCCUCACCAAGACCGAGGAGAAGGCACUUAAGAGGGUCCGCAGGAAAAUCAAAAACAAGAUCUCUGCCCAAGAGAGCCGGAGGAAGAAGAAGGAGUAUGUGGAGUGUCUGGAGAAAAAGGUUGAGUCAUUCACCUCAGAAAACAACGAGCUGUGGAAGAAGGUAGAGACCUUGGAGAGUGCAAACAGAUCUCUGCUCCAGCAGCUGCAGAAGCUCCAGGUGCUGGUAGCUGGAAAGGUGCCGCGCUCCUGCAAGAUGGCCUCUACCCAAACGGGCACCUGCCUCAUGGUGGUGGCACUGUGUUUUGUAUUGGUGCUGGGCUCCUUCAUGCCCUGUCUUUCCGAGUUCUCCUCUGCGUCCCAUACGGUGAAGUCCACGCCUCUGCCAUCUGUGGAUGUCUACACUGCCAGUCAAAUCCGCUCCCGCACACUCCUCUUCUAUGACGAGGGCUCCCCAUUGGAGGAUGGAUAUGGCAGCUUCCUGAAAGUGGAGGACAAUAACGACUGGGAGGGGGUGACACGUGACUUUACUGAGGGUCAGCCAGGCCAGGAUGCCCGGGGCGAGCAUGAAGCCACCAAGUACUUGAGCAAGGCCCAUGCAGACAUGGUGGACUACAACAGGACAGGUGCAGAUUUCCUCCAUGAAAAAGAACAGUAUCACAAAAGAGAGGCGAACCCUGAUGGUGGAGCGGAGUACUUCUAACCCGUCCGGGGCGGAGCUGCCAUACGCAUGCAGCCUUCCACGGACUCCUGCCCCUGGCAGGUGUCUCUAGCACCAGUGCCGAGGCAGCCUGUAAUGUGCCCCCCAGCCCCCUGGCAUCUCUGUCCCACCAUAUACAC